AUGAAAGUUAUUUUACCAUCUGCUAAACAUAUGGCAGAUUCUUGUACAUCAGCAUUCAAUCUAUCAUCAUCAGGAACGCAUGAUUCAUAUUGUCAACCAUUUUUUGAUCGUAUUGCUUGUUGGCCACCAACAGAACCUGGUGCAACUAGUAAACUCUCUUGUCCUAGCAAUAUUUUUCCUAAUGCUAGUAUAGAUGCCUAUGCUACACGAUUGUGUACAAACCAAUCUCGAUGGGAAGAAAGAGCGAAUUAUGGUUUAUGUAUUGGAUGUUCACCUGCUGAUCUUUCUAAUUCAAGUGGAACAAAUGCUUUUUCAUUACCUACCGCUUAUAUCGUUACAAGACGAUAUUUUGUUGUUUGUGCGAAUGGUCUUUCGAUUGUUCUUCUUGCUUUUGGUAUUCUUAUUUUACUUGGAAAUAGUCGUCUUCGACAAUGUUCACGAAAUAUUCUUCAUGUCAAUGUAUUUCUUGUUUUCCUCAUUCGGUCAGCAAUACAAAUUAUUGCAGAACUUCAUAUGAGUCGAGGUUAUUUUGCUCAUAAUGUAUUUCAGCGUACAGAUUCAUGCAAUCGAACAACGACUUAUUAUAAUGAAAAUGAAUUACUCGAUUGUAAAUUAUUUACUGUUUUAAUGAAUUAUAUCAAUAGUAGCGUUUCACAUUGGUUUGUUUUUUGUGAAGCAUUUUAUUUGUUUCGACUUUUACGCGCUAAAGCAUAUAAAGAUCGCGUUCGGUGGUAUAUAUUAAUUGGUUGGUUGGCUCCACUUAUCUUAACAAUGGUUACGUAUACAACGCGUUAUAUGAAAAAAACUGAUUUUCAUACGUGUUGGUUUGAACCAUCAACUUAUGAUUGGAUUCUUCAUGGGCCCAAUGUUAUAUUACAAAUUUUUAAUUUUAUUAUAUUUAUUUAUAUAUGUGUAUUACUUGCAAGAAAGCUUAAUAAAACUUAUCGGACAGCAGCUUUUUCGGAUCAAAGACGUUUUGCUAAAUAUAGUCGUCUGACACGUUCAACUCUAAUCUUAUUGCCAGUUUUUGGCAUUCAUUAUUUUUUAUUCAUGUGGAAUACGAAACCAUUAUUGAUUCCAAAUUUAAUAAUUAUUCAUCUUACUGUACAUACAGUAUCAUUAUCACUUCAAGGUUUAAUUGUUGCAUUAAUUUAUACAUUAAUCAAUGCUGAAGUUCAACGAGAAAUGUUUCGUAGUUUUGAUCGAUGUUUGAUGAAAAAUAAUACAGACUGGCAACAACCAAAUAUAUUUCGAAAUUAUAUGAAUAAAUUAGAAAAUGAUCGUUUAUAUUCGCUUGGCUACCAAGUACGAUCAACACCUGUUCAAUAUCGCCAACAAUCACAAUUAACUGGAAUUAUAAAAUAUCAUCGUUGUACAAAUCAUCAUAAAUUUAGUUUAAGUAAUCCCAGUCGACAAGAUUCAGUAAAUACGCCGGUAGCUAUAGGACAAGAAUUAUCAUUAUUAAAUUCAACAACAACAACUCAUCGACCAUCAAUAAUUAAUAUACAGAACAAUCCUGUUUAUUUUGCGUAA